AUGGGCAGACACGCGCACACACCCGCGGACAUCGACGUCGAGCCCCGCGCGGCCCCCUGCAGCUUCGGCUGCGCAGCUGCCCUGCGGCGCUACCUCUUGCGAGGCGGGGCGGCUGGCGACCUGUCGGGCGCAGCGGGCGACGCAUUCGCGAUUGCCGACAAGCCCCCGAACGAGAGGGAGGAAGCGGCCGUCGCGGACUGCGGCAUGCAGCAGGGCGCGUCGGCGCGCGACGCGAGUGUGGACAGCCAAGUCCAGACUUUGCGGGAUAAUUGCGUGAUCAGUCGGUUGUUUACCGUGCGGGGCGUCCAGCCUGGCGUUCCAGGUUUGAGAUUGGAGCAUUUCUUGUUCGAUUCGAUGCAUGUUGCUGACCUUGGUAUUCUUGCCUACUUCAUGGCAACGGUUUUGUGGUUGCUCGUUCGGCUUGGGUAUUUCGGCAAUUUCACGGAUGCGGACCAUGACGAGGUGGACGUUGCCAUGAGCGAUGCCUUGAAGCAGUACUAUAAAGCCAAGGGGGUUCCAGAUCGCGAGCGCCAGAUCGGGCUGAAGGUGCAGAUGCUCGGUGAUGAGAACUCCCCAUAUCUCAAGCUCAAGGCUGGCAAAAGCAGGUCGCUGUUACCGUUUGUUGUGUUUACCCUCAGACAGAAAGGUGGCCGAGACUUACUUGACAGACAUGACCCCGUCCAGCUUGACGGCACAAAGCUGUUGACUGUGGGCGAGGGCAUGGUGGAGUAUUACGCGAUCAUGAAGUCGCAGCCCCGCAACAUGGAAGAGUUAGCGUUGCUACAGUUGCAAGCCGUGGUCGAUCGGACCAUGAACGCAUGGAUCGCCACUGGCCGCAGCUGCCAGAUGAAGUGGCAUGUUUUCGGCAAGCACAUUGUCGACCAAGCCCGUUGGGCUGGCAACCCUGCGUGGUCCCACAAUUAUCGGGGCGAGUCUGAGAAUUUCGACACUCGGAAGAGGGCAGCCUCCAUCAAUCGGACCAAGUUCGCUGUCAACAGCUUGGUCAAAUGGUACCUGUCAUACCUGCAGAAGCAGGCCCUGAUUGACGAGAUCGCGAGGCUCUUGCAGCAGCUGCGAGACGCAGAUGCGGCGCGCACCCAGGCACUGGAGAGCAAGGCUCAAGAGAUUCGAGCGCUGCACAUCGAGACUUACGAACUAGGCGAGGAGCUGGCCGCGAUGCGCAUCAUACUCAACCAAGUAGCGCCCGACAGGCUGGUUCAGCACGACCGCGAGUUCAGCGUCCAGAUGAGGAUCGCGGCGCUACUCUGGGAAGCGCUGGCCAGCAGGCGCCGCCUGCGGGCGCCGCACCUCGUCCCGAGGGAGCUGGCCGCGCUGGCAAGGCUGCAGGCCAAGCUCGGCAGGCUGGCCGCGCAGGACUUGGUCGGCGACAUCGGCCUGAACGAGGCCCAGAAGGCGAGCAGGCAGAAGGACCUUGAGCGCCAGUUGCGCGCGACGGGCGCCAUGACCUACUGCCAGCUGAGGUCUUCCUUUCCUUCCCUGGCGGGCCCUGGGUUAGCCGUGGAGUUUGGAUCCCCGGAUGGGUCCCAGCGCGGCGCGCAGCCCGCAUUGGUGGCGGCCGCCGCUGGGCUGGCGGCCGCGGCCCGCAGAGGGGCGGUCUCGCUGCUGGCGCCGGGCGCCGCCCGCUGCCGCGGCGCGCGGGCGCGCGGGGCGGCGUCGUGCAGGGAGGCGGCGGUGGCGCUGAAGCUGCUGGAGAGCGCCUGCCCCGCCCCCGCACCGCCCUGGCGGCGUCCGCGGCGGGGCAGGGCGCGGCGGCCUACGCCGGCCCGUCGGGCGGCGCCGGGGAGCCGCUGGGGGAGCCGCCCGCGCCGCCGGGUGGACCGCCGUCGGCCGAGCAGGCGUUCUCGCGCAUCUACUCGCAGGGGGAGUGGAACCGUGGCCACGAGGCCAACUCCGGGCUCGGCUCGCGCAUGGAGACGACCCAGGAGUUCCGCAGCUUCCUCGAGCUCUUCCUGCGCAGGACGGGCGCGAGGACCGUCGUGGACGCAGGGUGCGGCCAUUGGCCGACGGGCUACCAGCGCUUCAUGGAUUGGCAGGCUGCGCGCCUCCGUAGACGUCGGGCGUCGUCGAGGAGAACCUCGCGUACUUCGCCGACGCGGAGCACCUUCGGGCGGCGGGGCUGGCCAGCGCCACCUGCCUCCGCGGCGACCUGAGCCGGCGCCUACCGGCGGCGGACCUGCUGUUGGUCAAGGAGACGUGUUGAUGCAUUUGCCGAAUGCUGACAUUGCGGAGUUCUUGAGGAACACCAUAUAUUGCCCAGAACCUCCAUACAGGUCUUCGAUUGUUCCUCCACUUCCUCCUACAUAUGUUGUUAUGCUUCAUCUCCCUGCCCCUUUCAUGUUGCAUUAUUACACUCUCUACCUCCUCCUCCCCCCUGGCUGCAAAGCUACGCGGGCUCGCGGGGUAAGGCGGAGGCCUUUUUGCUCUGGAUAUGCUCGAUAGCUCAAGCUGGCUCCGGACGUAAGGAGAUCUGACUCUCAUCAGUCAUCAGAUACCUUUGGAGGCAGAGGUGGUACCAAAAAACAGUCCGCUAAGCGAUGUCUCUC